AUGUCGUCGCCGUCAACGAAUGUGAUCCUUGGAAGUGUUCUUGGUGUCACUUCCUCAGCCAUCUUCUUUGGCGCCAAUCUGGGAAUCUCUUUCAUCGCCGUCCCAACACUUCUCCUGUCGUCACCUUCCUCGGGUCUACCAGUACCGGCCAAUGCUGAGAACCGGGCUUCGCCGACGUCGACAUCAUCGGAGAAGCCGUUGACAAAGCCGUCGCACCUGGCUCGUCAAUGGCGAUCCAUUUACGACAUUGGAAAGAAAGCGGGUCCUUUCUUCGCUCUUUUCGCAAGCGGGUGCUGGCUGCAUGCUGCUCGGCGACUGUCGGCAGAAUCGAGAUCACAACAGAGAUUGCUCAUUGCUGCUGCUGGGCUGUCGGUAGCCAUAGUCCCUUUCACAUUCGGGGUGAUGAAGCGAACAAAUGACGAGCUGACCCGACGAGCAAAUGCGGCGGCUAAAGAAGAGGAUGAUUACGCAAAAGCAGAUGCUCGAACAGGCACAGUCGAGGCUUACCAGACCCACGACUUGAUUCGCUGGUGGGCGCAAUUAAACUUAUUGUAG